AAGGGACCCCGUGUGGCGGGGGUUAAGAUCGUCGGGACGGCAGAUGUCAGGAUGCCGGAGCAGAGUAACGACUACCGCGUGGUGGUGUUUGGAGCGGGUGGCGUUGGCAAGAGUUCUCUGGUUCUACGUUUCGUGAAAGGAACCUUUCGCGAGUCCUACAUCCCGACAAUCGAGGACACCUAUAGACAGGUGAUAAGCUGCAACAAAAACAUAUGCACGCUUCAAAUUACGGACACAACGGGGUCUCAUCAGUUUCCCGCGAUGCAGCGGCUUUCUAUUAGCAAAGGUCACGCCUUCAUCCUUGUAUAUUCGGUGUGCUCACGGCAAAGCCUCGAGGAACUACGACCCAUCUGGGCCAUUAUUAGAGAGCUUAAGGGACAGGACAUAUCGCAGAUACCUAUAAUGCUGGUGGGGAACAAAUGCGACGAGAGUCCAUCGGUACGCGAGGUGUCGAUAAGCGAGGGUGCAGCGGAGGCUGCGAAUUGGGGCUGUGGAUUUUUGGAAACGUCGGCGAAGACAAAUCACAACGUGAACGCCCUGUUCCGGGACCUGCUGAUGCUCGAGAAGAACAGGUCCGUCUCGUUGCAGCCAGUGCAGAGCAACAACGCGAUCAGCUUGAAGGAGAAAUGCUCUGUGAUGUAACCGACUGAGAGGAGGGAAGCUGGAAUGGCAUAUUGUCGUUGUCGUGGUGCAUACGGUACUUAAGCGAGAUCAAGGCAGAAGACGAGCACUUCUGUAAAGAGAGCAUUGUCGUACGUUUUUCGACCCGGCGUGGCAUCGUCCACGGUAGUCUCGACACGACCACAGAGUAUUUCAAGUAGGAUAAAUUUGCGCGAGCGAAAGGGACGGCAGACAUCUGCGAAUACACGAGUAAGGUGUAUCUUAAUGCUCUGUGAUCGUUCAAGUAAUCUCUUGGAGGAGUUUCCUCCAACGACCGUCAGAGGAGACAUCCUCCAUGUAAUCCUUUAAGAGAGCUGUUGUUACAAUGAUUGUGCCAGAGCAUUAGAUCCGCCUUAGUAACAUCUCUUUUUAAUCGAACAACGUACUCUAUACUAUUGAUAGAUUUUUUAAUUUUGAUACAGAGCGACGUUACGUUAGGUUUCACGAGACCAACGACGCACGCGUUCUUCAUUCUGUACCAGUGUUAGCUCGUUAGUCGAGAUUCAUCGUAGGAGGGUAAAUCGGGCGUACAAUUUUUCACCAUUCGUUCAGCUAUCUCGAGCUUAUUAGACGAAAGGGACGCGAUCGUUCCGAACCAACACGAUUUCGACGAGCGAUCGUCCCUUUCGUGACCAACGAACAAGGCGGAUGUUUCUUGAAAGAGCGGUCAGUAGAAAAACGCGAGUACGACCACCGCGUGGCUGUUGAUAACCAACAGAAAACACGUGUCUCGCUCUUUCAUGAAAAAUAUUGUCGUGCUUCGAUGUCCGAGACUACUGCGUGACAAAUUGGGACCGGUGUCGCACAGUUUCUCGGCGAGAAGAGGAAGAGAAAUCGAGGCGAACACGCGAAUGAAUAAACGACAAAACUAGAUAAAAAGUUGUUACGAUAUUGGUUUUUGUUGAAUAGUUGUAAGGUUUUUGUAACGACGCUAAUUAGGAUUUAUUACUCGACACGUCGGAAGAUACAGAGAGAUACACACACACACACACACACACAAUUAUACGUACAUAUACGCAAGGCUUGCGCUCACACACAGGUUCGUUAGGCACUCGCGUUUCCCCGUGUUGACCCAGAUUUUAGUAUUUCCUUCCUGUAUGUCUUACACACGUAGACCGCGUACGUGGUAGUGUUUUUACGAGGAGACGCUAAUUAAAGGGACUUGCCUCGAAGGGCUCGUUUUUUUUUUCUCAUUCAUUUUCUUCGCGAAACUGAACUUGAACAACACUAGAGACCAGCAUCGAACGUCGGUCUAACUUUCAAAAUUCGCUAAUAAACGCUAAGAGUUUUGAGAAUUGCUAGUCAUUGUAUCUCGUAGAGUUGGAAUGUAAAUAGAGCAGUACUGUACGUAGCUAUAAUUCUCAAAACUUUCAGAGUGUCUUUAGGAUUCGUACGUUAAUGCUUGCGAGGUACGAGUGGAUAAGAAAGGGUACGUAAUCUGGUCGACAGUCUGUAUUUGCUUCUUCUUCAAAGACAUCAACGAAUUAAGGUUCCAGCCAUUUUGUAAACGGUUCAGCUUCGCCAUUUUGUCCACUCGCGCCUUCCUGUGAUAGCUUUAAGGGAUGAAAUACCACGGUCGAAGCGCAAUCCCGUCGAUAUUAGGGUUUGAUAGAAAAGCGAUUAGUAUCAUUAUCACCGCCACUACGAACUACCGAUGUUAGCGAUUAUUUUACAGAACGUACGAAGGAAUACAUAUCCUAUGUAACUGUUGAGCGUACGAAAAGAUUGUUAGUAAACAGAUACGCGCGUGUACCAUAAUCACAGUAUAGUAAUCAAGUUCCAACAAACGUUUUCCUGCAACUCUGUUUUAAAAGGUAGCUUUAAUUCCUAAACAACCUGAUGCACCCGCGUAUCUGUGUAUGAAUGUAUAUACAUAUUUACAGUUAUAUUUAGAAGCAAGGUUAAAUAGAAGUCUAGUCAAAGGCGAAACUGACUUUAUGGAGUCUACCAUUGGCAAGCUGAAAGAGCAGCGAAAGGGAAAUAAAGCCAUACACGUACACGCACACUACACACACUACACACACACUAUUUAGAAAUCGACAAAUCGUAAUUCUCUGAUUUUUUCGGGGCCAAUCGGUGUGAUUUACAUAAAUUGUGAGCUUCUUCUGCGCGAUACUAGGCGGAAUUCUGUUCCUUUCGCGUCUUCGCACAAUUUCACGGGCGUCACUUUGAAUUUAAUCCCUCAGCGAUCACGUCGUGAUAAUCUAUAAUCGAAUUUUUGAGAACUUUUAUCUGUGCUAUGCCAAAAAGAGAAUUCGAUUUUCUAUCCGCACCGAAAACUGUGGUGCCCCUUUUUACGAACGUUGGUACUCGUUUUUUAGAUAUUCGCAAAAUAAACGCUUCGUUUUAUACUUAACCGCCGAUCGGUCGUGAUCAUCGAGGGAUUCGUUUCGAUGUAUGCUCGCCUGUAAAACCGCUGAAACGAACGUUUCUUUUCUUUCAGUGUGUUCUUGUUAAGAAUCGCACACUUCGUCCUCGUAUCAUAUAGCGUGCGCGCGUCGGCGUCGUUUACGCAUGCGCGACGGUUCGGCGACGCGCCCCGCGAUUUUUUCAAACUUUUAUUACUCGUCGAAAGCGAAGAAUAUUGAGAGAAUAUUGUACAUCGAGAACAUACGUUUUUUAUCGAGUUACAAAUUAUCACGGCACGCACGACCAUGAGAAGAAAAAAAAAAAAAAAAUU